AUGUCCGUAUCUCACCUCUGCGACAAAUAUUCCGCAAGCGCGUCAUUUAAAAUGAUCAAGGCAGACUUGGGCAAUCUCAGAUCUUAUUUGGAUACUCUCUCGCUAGAGGUGAAGAACGUGAUAGAGAUGCGCGACGAGCUGAAGAGCAAGUUGAAGGAAGUGGGCAGCGUGAUUCCAAAAAUGUCAGAAGCUAUCCUCAGCCUGAGGAACGAAGUGUCCGAGGAGAUGAGUCUGCAUACGAAGCACCUGAUGAAGGCCCUGUCACCGGAGACCGUCAAGGACAUGUUACGCAGCUUUGGCACUUCGUCACGUAGUCCUUUAUCCUCAGGCGGGGCGAUCCUGUCGACACGAGACACCGAGCCUUACUCGACCGGCGCGCCUGUGCUCAAUCUGUUCGGCAUACCGCUUUGUCAACAGCAGAACACACCCCGGGCCGUGAUACAGACCGGCGUUUUACCGGGCGAAUGCUGGGCCUUCAAGGGCAGCAGCGGCAGCGUGGUGAUUCGAUUACUCGGCCGUGUGCACGUGUCCGGAGUCAGCCUCGAGCACAUCUCCUCGUUGAUAUCUCCGACUGGCGAGACCGCCACGGCGCCACGAGACUUUUCUACUUGGGGUUUGACAGAUCUCGAUGACGAGAAGCCUUUUUCAUUUGGCAGUUUUAUGUAUGACAAUACCGGUUCGCCGCUGCAGUAUUUUGAGGUCCAGAACCGAGCGAGAGAAGCGUACGAGAUAAUCGAGCUGAAAGUCCAUUCCAACAGUGGUAAUCCGGAGUACACGUGUAUCUAUAGAAUACGGGUGCAUGGUACCCUUGGUGAGAUAUGAAUGCUCGCACCAGAUACGUCAAAGUUAUAGUUUUCGUAAAAUUAUGUGUCGUUCUACGGUUUAACCAAAUAAAAUUCAACAAAAGACGCACUCAAUGAAAUGUGGCUCGAUUGAAUUCACAAUCAUUUCAUAAUAACAACAAUAAAUUACCAUCCUAGUUAAGAGUCUCGCGGAUUGACCAGAGAUGAGCGAAACAGGUUACCGUUUUGUGUUAAAAAAAAUAUCCAUUGCGAUAUCGAUUGUUGAUGGUCGCUCAAUAAAAACAACAGGCCAGUU